UUCUUUGCCAAGAUGGCGUCUUCUCUUCGGGCGGGAAGGGCGCCGGGGCGCCUCCUCCUCUCGGGCCUCGAGGUCCCAACGGAGCUGAGGCGCAGCUGGAGGCCGCCCUGCCCAAGAAGAGGAGGAUGAGGAGCCCCGCGUCCCUUCGCCCUCCUCCGCAGGCUGCACCGAGCGCUGAGGGAGGCCGGUUCCUCAGUGCAUCUUCACGAACUGCUGGAAGGCAGCGAGAUCUUCCUUCCCGAAGCAAUGCCUCCAAGGAACCCAGAAUUGUGGCCCGGCUGGGAGAAGAUCAAGGCCAAGCUAGCCAACGAGGAGUAUAAGCAAAUAACAAGGAACAUCAACUGCCAGGAACUGGACCGCUGUGGAACCCUGGCAGAUCUCGUGAGGCAAGUCUCACAGACGCACAUCCUUUCUCUCCCCCCCCACAGUCCGGUCCACAAAGCCUUGGUUGUCAACAUAUUCAACUUCAUCAUCACUGUGGGAGCCACGUUCGUCUGCACAUUCCUGGGCAGCGAGUAUGUCUUCACGGAAAUGGCAGCGGUGACGGUGUUGUCUGCUGUGAUUGCAGCCUCUGUGGUGGGUUUGGCAGAUCUGUAUUGA